ACUCAUUUAAACCAACGUUUGCCAAACUCGAACCAGUUUACGCUCUGGUGGCGGCCCGUUUCACAUUCAUGUUUACGUUAAUGCAAUAAUAUAUUUUAUACAAUGAGGAUCUGGAUAAUUUCUUUAGGUCUACUGGCUGUGAUGGGGCCGGUAAUGGCCAAAAUGUUCACGAUACAGGGAGACACCGGCAGGAACAGAGAAAAUCACCCGAUCUGGAGUCUCCGGAACGCCUCUAACGGAAAUGCUGUCAUCCUGGAACCCAACAAGAAGCUCAGCAUUAAUUUUUGUCUCCGCCGCGAGUCUAACAUAACGAUUCGCGACUUCCGUUUCUCAAAUGGCAACCACAGCGAAAAUGUCAUGAUAGAGGUGGACAGAGUGAAUAUCUACUCGUUUCUCUCGCCGGAGGACCCGAAUCACAACUGGUCCAGAUUUUGGUCAACAGGCAACUUGAACCGGCGACCCCUUUACCUCCACAUGGGCUGGCACACGCUUUCGGUUCGGUUCAAUGGUACCGCAGAUGGACUGGCGAUAGAUCACAUCCUCCUCGAUAUUGAAGAUGAAAAGCUCACAGAUGACAUAUUCACGUGUCAACUCACGUGCACCGCUGACCAGGACUACAACGUACGUCGCAAUGACGUUGAAACUGAAGCGUCAUUUCUUGUGCAAGAGUCUUACAAAACUACAUGUCCAGAAGUCGACAAUAUAAACAUGCCAAUAUUUAAUCCAAGCGUCCAAGAGUACGAAAUAACUGCAGCUCUACCCCAUUAUCGGGCCUUUACCAACUACCGCACAGAGAAUACGACAGGCUGUCCGCAUUUGUCACCGUUCUACUGGUCAUUUAGUAAUGUACUCCUACCAUCUAAGAACGGGGAAAUCCUAAACUCUAACAAAGCAAAAUUGGUUAUUACUCAACCAACGGAGAGCACAAAUUCAAAGAUCGCGGUCAGGAUAAUUUUGUUCUUCAAGUUAGAGGGGAAAAAGAACGGGAUGAUUGACAGCGAAAUGGGAACGAUUUUUAGGGUGCGAUUCGAUGGAUUGACAGACUUAGUGCAACUUAAGUUUAGUUACAAAGGACGAAUGGCUGAAACUUCCUCACCAGAAAUGAGGCUGCUCUUACCGUCAAAACGAGAAGCUGAGUGGAACACACGUGAUUUCAGCUGGACGAGCGAGGACUACAACGUAAUCAUAAUGCAUGUGGAAUCUAACUCGACAAAGCCGCUGCACAUGGAGCACUUGUCCUUGGAGCGGCGGCCAAUGCUGGCGGACAAGGUGGAGCGGAUCUACAAGGGCGACGACACUAUCGUGGAGGUGGUCUUCAGCGACUUUUGGUGGCUCAACCCUGACUCAAUGACUGUCCAUCUUGCAGCAACGGGACGUUCAUAUCACAACGUAUCCUACUUUCGCAUCUACCGCCCGAUUCCUUGGAACGGUGGUUAUGCGCAGGUGUUUGUACUUUACCAGGACGGCAAUGCCCGUCUCCUGCCAGUCCCACCAGAAGGACUCGAAUGGAUUCCUUUUGGAUCAUCUGUUAUAAUUGGUCAAACUGAUCCGACUAUGGUUCGGCCAUACGCUUCUAUUACUGACGCUUACAUAGAUGCUACAAAUUUAGGGAUCGAACUGCUUUACAAAAAUGGCGGAUCAAGUAAGCUUAAGAUAAGCAGUAGUUUAUCGGAAACCAGAGUGACUGUCUCGGACUUAUUUCUUACCCAGGAUCCUGUCAUAUUUCCGUUCACAACAUUCAGGUCCAUGUACGUAGCGGAAGGGAACUCAGAUGUAGACAGUGUAUUGGUGAACGGGGAUCAUCCUUUACAUAUCAUGGGUAAUUUCAACUACCUAAUAGGGCGCAGUUUUGUCUUUCGCCGGAGGUGCAUGUCUCGCCACCUGAUGCUGAGCCCGGACAUAUACAUUGACGUCCGACGGACGACCAACGCCGUUGACCGGCGAGACAUAGUCAGCUCCCAACCCUUCCAGAGUCUGCUGCAGCGAAUACAGAACACCCGUUACCGCCUCUGGACCCCGCGGCUUAGAUACACUUACAGCAGGACAUAACAUGAAAUACUUUUGGCAGGCGAGGAGAACGUGAAUCUCUGACCCGAUUUAUCCGGCGUCGCACGUGGUGCAUAUCCGCUAGUCCACGGGCUCGUUGACGUAACGACCAGUCUCGAUCCGCAAAGAGAUGAUUCCUCAUCGGAAUUGUGCCAUAGUAGAGCGGUCUUGUUUUAAUAUAUAAAGUGUCACAUAGUUCUCAGCUUCUUAGAUGUCUUUAAACAACUUGUAUGUCUCCAAUUUUGGCGACGACUGUAUAGAUUGGGCCCCGUGUGCGUUAAAUAAUUGUAUCCUUGCUUAUUGUAAGUCGACUGUAGAUUUGGAGUUGUAGUGAUUCGAUAACUGAAGGUCAUUCAUGACUGAUUUUAUCUCACUGCACCAAUUGUUUGUGUGCUGGUUAUCAUAUUCAGUUUUAAACACCGUUACUUAAAAAAGACGUUCUUUAAUAUUCAAGACUGUGCGUCCACUUACCACUUAUGAGCGUAACCCAUCUUCAAAUUAAUUAUUAAAAAGUAUUAUGAUAUGAUUAACGCAUGCACAAGUGUUGCUUUUUCGCAAUUUUGUUUGAUUUGUUUUAAUAAUUUAUGGAUAUUAUAUUACAGUGUCUGUGAUAUAUUUACCUUAUUUAUAAAAAUAUUUAACAAUCUGA